UCUGGCAACUCUGUGCUGUAUACGGGCGCAAGCUGACUGCUACACAACACAGCUGUGAGAUAUUCACCUUGGCCUCGGCAUUGUUUACGCAGAAAAAUUUGUGAAAAUUAAGAAAAAUUGUUAAAACCCAAAUUAAAAUGGCAUCAGCGUCUAGUUCCAGUGCUCGUCACUUGUUUGAUGAUUCCAAGAAGCGUCUGUGCGCUCGCGUUGGCGUUAAUGUGAACAACUUAGGUUCCGUAGCCAGGCAAGUGGUUCGAGGCUCCAAGACAAAUGAGAUUAUGCAUCAGACGCUGAAGAACUUCACUCAAGUGGACGUGGUUUCCGAUUACAGCAAUCAGAACCUGCAGAAGAUGACGCUUAUCCUACAGCAUGUGGGUUAUCAGUACGAUGUGAUGGAAGACAGCGUCAAUCAUUUGGACUACCUCAAGGAGCAGAUUAAAAGUUCCUUUCGUUAAGCCUAUUAAUAGAAAUGCUUUCAUCCACAAAUCGUUCAAAGAAUCCGUCAGCAAUAU